GCCGGACCAACGGACAGACGUCCCCAGCGCGGAGAUGCGGGUAGCUCCGGAGAUUGCGGGGAGGGGGGGGCAGCUCCGCGCUGGGGACGUCUGUAAGUUGGUCUGGCCAAUGGAAGAGUCGCCCCGUCGCGGACGAGUCCGGGAGGGGAGGGGAGCGAGGGAGGCGGAGCUCAUCGACAGGGCGCGCGGCAGAAUCCUCGGGCAGCACACGAUGGGCGAGGAGGGCGAGGUGAUCAGGCUGCACCUGUCAUCUGACCCGGGGAGCACUUACUACGCCCUCGUGACCUGGAAGAAGAACAGCCAUCAGGGAUUGAACCUGAGCCUCACCGACUGCCGGACGGCCUGGACAGGGGAAGUUACCGGCUCCACACUGGAGGAGGAGGCGUCGGAAGCCGGGCUGUCGCUCGUUGACUACGUCGCCGAGCUCCGGGCUGCCCUCCCGGGCCACUGCUGGGACUCGCCCUCCAACGGAGACGCCUUCCGCUACGACCUGAAGCCCCCCGCCAGCCCCGGGCACGCUCGCCGCAGGUGUUUCUCCAUCUGCAAAGUGCACAGCGACGUCACGUUCGAGCUGGGCACGGUGGAGCUGCGCGAGCUGGACGAGCCGGUGACGUUGGUGCGGCAGCUGCUGGACCGCGGGCUGGAGGGCGGGCGCCGCCUGCGACAGCGCAACGACGAGCUGCACCGCGACAACGAGCGGCUCGCCGCGGAGCGCGGCCGUGCCGUCGAAGAGCUGAGGGCGUCCGUGAACAACAAGGAGGAGCUGGAGAGGGACCUGUACGGAAAGUUCAUCCGCGUCCUCAACGAGAAGAAAGAGAAGAUUCGGCGGCUCAAGGAUGCCCUGGAUAAGCACGCCCCGGCCCAAGUGCCCCCUCCCUGCGCCAGCGCCGGCGGCGUUGUUGGUGGCAGCUCUGCGGCCCGGGCGGCGGAGGGCACGGACGAGUCUGACUACGGGGGCAGCACCGACGAAGAGAGGCAGGCUCCGGCUACCGGAACCGCCCCCCCGAAGGCGGCGAAAGCCCCGAGCACCGCGGCCGUAACCCGGCAGGAGGGCGAGCGAAGAGGUGCCGUCACGGCUUUUGACCCGUACGACGACGACGACGACGACGAUGGCGCCAGCGUCGGCGGAAUGGACGCCGGCGCGGGCCCUACCAGGAGGCAGCGCAAGCGACGGGGCCAUCAGCAGGUGACGGCGACGGAGACGCCGGCAGCGGCGGUGCUGCCGCCGCCCGCCAAAGCCAAGCCGGCCAAUGAGUCCAGGCCGGCCCGUAGGGGCGAGGCUCAACCGGAGCCCACCACCGCAUCCCGCCAGAGCCUCCGGAAGGCCGCACGCGGCGGCGGCGGCAGCGGCGGAGGCAACAGCGACGACACCUUGGAGCUGCUGUACGACUUCUAGGCGCGCCCGAGCGACGCCCCCUCCAGCUCCCCCCCACGUGUGUGCCGGCGUCUCUCCGCAGACCCAAGAGGAGUGUUACGAGGCGCGGGUGUUCAGCCGCUCGGGUGACGGCGUCCCUCGGGAGCGCCCGCCAGCGCCCGUCCAUCGCCCAUCGUCGCCGGCAGGCAGCCGGCUAAAGGCUACGGCGACGGGAGGAGACACGAAGCGUGG